AUAAAUAGUUUACAAUAAUGAUAAACACAGUACAAUUUACUAUUGUUGACAUAAAAUUUGAACUCUCGAUAACAAACUUCCUCGUUAGUCGCAAGUCAUCGGUACAGAAACGAUGACGGCUUUAAAAUUAUUAUUUAUUUUCCCUUUAAUUAUUAUUAAAAUUAACGCAAAUUUUGUAAUAACUCGGUACGACGAUGAGUGUGUUCUGGAUCCAGCUUUAGUGACAGAAAUUGCGUCUUAUGAAAAUGUAACAAAACACAUUAUGGAUCAAAUCAGGGAUUAUUAUGGAAAGACGAUGUAUCAAGAGUAUACACGCUUCAUAGACAAGUUUGGUGCUCGCCCAUCAGGAACGUGGAUUUUAGAAAAAUCUAUAGAUCACAUGAUAGACCUAACCAAACAACAUGGGCUGUAUGACGUCACAACAGAAGAAUUGGAGGUUCCCUACUGGUUACGUUUAAUGGAAUCUGCUAUAAUGUUACAACCUCGUGUCAAAAAAAUUGCUAUACUAGGAUUUGGUUCCAGCGUCAGUACGCCAAGUGGAGGUAUCCACGCUGAAGUAAUAGUUGUUAGAAGUUUUGCAGAACUCGAAAAACUAGACAGAACAAAAGUUCAAGGGAAAAUAGUAGUAUUCAAUGAACCCUAUGUUUCUUAUGGUGAAACUGUUAUCUACAGAACCCAAGGAGCAUCAAAAGCUGCGAGAAAAGGUGCUGUAGCAACCCUCGUGAGGAGUAUAACACCAUUUUCAAUUUAUGCACCACACACAGGAGCUCAAUACUAUGAAAGCAAUGUUACAAAAAUACCAACAGCUGCUAUUACUCUAGAAGACGCAGACUUGUUACAAAGACUACAGGAAGAAGGAGAGAAGAUUGUACUUGAAAUUCAAAUGGCUUACAUGGAAGAUACAAAGAAAUCACGUAACACAUUAGUUGAUCUUAAAGGCAAAGAAAGUCCAGAGAAGUUGGUCAUUGUGUCUGGACAUAUAGAUAGUUGGGACGUAGGAGAAGGCGCGAUGGAUGAUGGUGGAGGCAUGAUGAUAAGUUGGCUUGUUCCAGUUGUGCUUAACUCUCUCAAUCUGAAACCUAGAAGAACAGUGAGAGCAAUUUUGUGGACUGCCGAAGAACCAGGAUUGAUUGGAGCUCAAGCAUAUUUGAAGCAGCAUAAAGACGAACUAGACAAAAUAAAUUUCAUCAUGGAAUCUGAUGAAGGAACGUUUCAACCUUUAGGGUUGGACGUUGCUGGUUCCAACAAAACACGUUGUAUUGUACAAGAAGUUUUGAAGCAAUUUGCACCAAUAAACAAAAUGGAAAAUAGCGGGGCUCCUGGCUCUGAUAUUGUGUUAUUUAUAAAACAAAAUGUGCCUGGAGCGUCAUUGCUCAAUAGAAAUGAACGGUACUAUUGGUUCCACCAUAGUGAAGGUGAUACUAUGAAUGUACAAAAUAUGACCAAUGUAAUUGAAUGUGCCGCUUUUUGGGCAGCAUUCUCAUAUGUUAUAGCUGAUCUCUCGGUGGAUUUGCCACGGAACUAGUUGUUAUUACUAUAUUAUAUUUAGUCUAAUCUAAUUAAUGUUAAAACGAUUGUUGGUGCUAUAAAUGUAGAAAUCGAAACAAUGUUAUUUAAUUGAAGAAUGAUUUAAAAAAAUAUUAAAGAACUAUUUAAAAACAGUUUGAUACAAUACCUUAAAUUUCACAGCUAAUUUGCACUCGAUUCCAUUGUUCCUAGUGCGUGCGUAAUUGGGUAAAUAAGUCACAUCUACAAUUGUAUUUAUACCAUUAACACAUGUUAUACCUAUUUUUUGAGUCUAUUGAAACACUAUUUAUUUUUUAACAAAACUAUUCUCUUUUUAGUGAUGUGGAGAUGCAAGCAAAGAUGAGUUGUACUUAAUACAUCGCUUGUACAUAAAAAAAUACAAAGAAAGUUAUUAAAAAAUAUCUCGGUAAACGACUUUACUUGCCCGAAAGCCCGAUGACUGGAAAUCUGUGUUCCAACUGUAACGUUGUGUGUAAAAUUUUCUGUCACGCAAACAAAUCGUAAGCCCGGGGCUUCUCUUUGUACCAUCACGCCUUGAAUUAUGCUGCCGAUGCAAUCCUUUGAAGUUCAAUAAAUAGUAACUGUUCUCCUAAAACUGCCUUUUCAAACGUUUGUAUCGAAUUCUUCUUGUUUACUGUAACUUUAAAGAAAAGAAGCAUGUACAUUUGUACUAAGACUUGUAUGUAAUUUUUGAAUCAAUAAACAAUUUUUCAUUAUUGGUCCA